GUGAUUGGGUGGAGAGUUGUUGGGAAGUGCAAUUCACGCGUAUUCUGGGAGAGUACAACAGUGGUAACCACAUGGAUUACUUUACGUGAAUAAUCUUCACUCCAGCAAAAAACUAAAGCAUUAAAUCCAUGUUUUUGCCAUCAAUGAAAGCAAAGCAGCAAAUCAAAGCUGAAAUCUCGAUCACCUCUUUCUUUCUCUCUCUUUCUCUCUCUCGAUAUCCCUAGUUUCUCUGUUUCAUUUUCAAUCUCAAAGCUCAGAAGCUGUUGAAGUAAAAGCUUCAACUUUUUUUCUUCUUCUGUCUCACAAUCGUUCUCUAUUGAGUAAGCACUUAUAUUUCCUCAUCACUUUCUUCAUAUCCUUUUCUGGGUCAUUUUUGUUUCAAAGUAAGCUGCUGUACCUCUCCCUUUUGAACUCUCGUGUAUCUGAAGUAUCUGAAAACUUAGACUCUAAGUAUAUUUUCUUUUCUGUUUCUUAAUUCUCGAUAUUCUGGGAUUGAUUCGUAAUUAGAUCUGGGGGCAGUUUAGGGGCAGAAAGCUGCUUUCUAUUUACUGCAUGCUAAAUCUGACUGUUACACUUUUUUCUUGAAUUCUUUUGUGUCGGUUACUGUUUCAUGCUGUAUUAGCCUGUAAAUAUCUUUCCCCAAUUUGCAUUUGGUGUGCUAUUUUUGAGUUGAUUAACCAACGUUGAGCUUCUACCGCAAACUUCUCUUGAAUGUCCUUCUUUUUAAACCCAUUCUCUGGUUAUUUAUAUCUUCAUAUGGAAUUUGGGUUCUUUUUUGUAUUGAUACUUCUCUACUUCAUAUCAAUGAAAUGAUCUUUUUGCUUGAAACCCAUGCUUUCUUCUGAAGAAAACUAGGCCUCAGGUUAAAUGUUUUUCAUACACUUAAGAAGGCGGUUUUGGUUCUCUUUCCGGACCUCCCUGCUUCUUUUUGGCCCUAUUUCUUAGUAACAUUGGUGCGUUGUGCUUGAUUCUUCACGUAUCUUGGGUUCGUGACCUAACCUGGAGGCCUGAAGAUUUUGGGUUUUAUUACCCAAAAUGAGAAAGCUCUACAGGAAACUGGUGUUGAUGAGAAACCCAUUGACAAGUGUGAGGAAAAAUGUCAAUUCUCAUUCGGGAAGGGUGUUUAGUGAUAGAAAAUGGAUUAUUCCAUUUCUUGCAAGCUUACUUGUAUCGAUUACGUUGUUUUUAUCUGCCAUUUUUGGGUUGUUCAAUGCUCCUUAUGGUGGAGACCAGUUGCCAUUUGACCUUAUUUCCUUUGCAAGAGCGGAGGACUCUAGUGGGUAUUUUGUAGAAUCAGAUUUGAAGAAAUCGUUUAACACAAGUGGCUAUUCAAAUGUGGAAGCACCUAGACUAGCAUAUCUUAUUUCAGGGACAAAGGGAGAUAGUCAUAGGAUGAUGAGGACCUUGCAGGCAGUGUACCAUCCAAGAAAUCAGUAUGUUUUGCAUUUGGAUCUUGAGGCUCCUCCCCGUGAAAGGUUGGAAUUGACAAAUAUGGUGAAGGGUGAUCCAACUUUUCGUGAAGUGGAGAAUGUGCGCGUAAUGGCACAAUCUAACUUGGUAACAUACAAAGGUCCUACAAUGAUUGCUUGCACCCUUCAAGCAAUUGCAAUACUGUUGAAGGAGAGCUUGGAGUGGGAUUGGUUUCUGAACCUUAGUGCCUCAGAUUAUCCCCUUGUGACUCAAGAUGAUUUGCUACAUGUUUUCUCCAAUUUGUCAAGAAAUCUCAAUUUCAUUGAACAUAUGCAGAUUACUGGUUGGAAGCUGAACCAGAGAGCAAAACCAAUCAUUGUUGAUCCAGGCCUUUACUUGUCCAAAAAGUCUGACAUUGCUUGGACCACACAACGCCGAUCACUGCCCACAUCUUUCAAGUUAUAUACAGGUUCUGCGUGGGUAGCACUUACUAGAACUUUUGUUGAGUAUUGUAUAUGGGGAUGGGAUAAUCUCCCACGAACCAUGCUUAUGUACUAUACAAAUUUCGUUUCCUCUCCAGAAGGGUACUUCCAUACUGUUAUUUGCAACACUGACGAAUUUCGUGGCACUGCAAUAAGCCAUGAUCUCCACUACAUUGCUUGGGACAGUCCUCCAAAGCAACAUCCAAUCUCGUUGUCAAUGAAAUACUUUGACAAAAUGGUGACAAGCAAGGCGCCAUUUGCUCGGAAGUUCCAUAAGAAUGAUCCAGUGUUGGACAAAAUUGAUAAAGAGCUUUUGGGCCGUACUGGCCGUUUUGCGCCUGGAGCAUGGUGUGUCGGGAGUUCAGAAGGUGGAGCUGACCCAUGUUAUGUGCGUGGUGAUGAUUCUGUGUUUAGGCCAGGCCCUGGUGCUGAGAGGCUGCAGGAACUCCUAAAGACGCUACUAUCUGAGGAUUUUCGGAAGAAGCAGUGUUCAUGAUGGUGGUAAAGAGUCGGAUAACCCCAAGUGUAAAUGGCUGGAUUCAUACUUCAUAAUUGUCAUAAGGGUGGCAGAAAAAAUUUUUGUUUCUUCACAUACGAAAAUGAACAUUCAAGCUUAUAACAUUGUCUAC